GCUCGGGGCUGGCUCUCGGUGCUGGCGCUCGGGGCUGGCGCGGCGGCGGGCGGCAGGUCGGGGGCCGGUGGUGGUGAUCAGGGCUCUCCGAACACGCAGGGCCUUUGCCGCCCUCUAACGCCGCGGCGCCGCCGCUGGGUCCGGGCCGCUACGGGACGCAGCGGCUCUUACCCGGCCUCAGCCGGCCCCUCGCCGGCCACCACAGACGUGGAGGCGGCGGCGGGCGGAGCCGGGCCCGGCCCGGAGGGACGCGAGUCCUCCCACCGCCGGGGAACCAGUCCCGCUGUCUGGUAGGGGCCGGAGGGAGGGCUGGGGCCUCCGCAUCAGGGCUUGAUCCUGAGAGGCUGCGCUGAGCCCGGGCUGGCUGUGCGCGGGCUGCCGCGGCUGCGGGGCCACGCUCCCGGCGCCGCCGGGGCCUCCGACGGGGAGCGAGGGAGGUCCAUCCCGACGGUCUCCCGUGAAGGGAGAAGCAGAAGGUAGGAGGGAAAGCAGAAAAGCCCCAUCUCUUCGGCCAGCAGCUUUGUGUGUCGGGCCCUGCCGCGGGGAAGAGGAGCGGCGAGAGCUGCCGGCGAGCUACCGGUGUCCCCGUCUCUCUUCGGGGCCUUCCUCCCGUGCCUGUGCUUCCCGGGCGCUGCCUCCAUUCUCAGCGUGUUUCUUUCACCCUCUUUGGGUCGGAUAUCUCGGUUUCGGAGCGUCGUCGGUGGGACCAGCCGGACUGGACACGAGUGGAGGAGUGACGCGGAGGAAACAACAGGUCUCCUUCUCCUCGCCUUCCAAAGCCAUACCUGCGAGCGCCUCGCUUGUGGGAUUAUAAAUGUUUGAACUAAAGCCCAGGAAACUGAAAGGAGAACCUCCCGUUGGAAUUAACGCAAGAGAAAAGGAGGGAGACUUUUCCAAAUCCUUUACGAGAAGGCUUGUGUCGUUUUCCCAUGCUGUUUGUACUCUGUUUAAUAAUGCGAUCGUGACCUGAGUGGAAUUUACGAGCGAUGAACUGUUGAAGCUUGUUGCACCGCCGCAUCAAGCUACUUUUUUCCCCCUCUUUUGUUUUUUCCCCUCAGCACAUGAUUGCCCCAUCCCAGCUGUUGCAGGACCAAUGGGCCACUAAUAGAGGGAUGGGAAGCUGAGAGGGUUUGUUUUUACAUUCUUCUGUGCUGGGGACUUGGCUAGUUAGCUGAAGCUGCUGCUGCCGCUUUUUACUGGGUCUGCUCUUUUCUCGCAGGUUUGUUUGUUUUCGCGUGCACGGGGUGUUUCAAUUAAACAGACAUUAGACUGGAGCUGAGUGGAUGGCUUGCAAUCCGGAAGGUUUGGGAGGAUAACAAAAACCGACUAAAACCAGAGAAGAAUUAGUGCUGCAGGAAACCUGGGGCCUAUUUUCCGAGCCUUUUCAUUUGAUUGAGCAAGAUGAUGUGUGAGGUGAUGCCAACCAUCAGUGAGGCAGAGAUUCCCUCUGGGGGAAAUGGAGGCCAUGGUUCAGGUUCCCCAUUACAGUCAGAUGCUGAUUCCCAUUUUGAGCAGUUGAUGGUGUCCAUGUUGGAAGAAAGGGAUCGCCUUCUGGAAACACUCAGAGAAACUCAGGAGACACUAGCACUGACCCAGGGCAAGCUACAUGAAGUUGGGCAUGAGAGAGAUUCCUUGCAGAGACAGCUCAAUACUGCACUUCCACAGGAGUUUGCAGCACUUACAAAAGAGCUGAAUGUGUGCAGGGAGCAGCUGCUUGAGAGAGAAGAAGAAAUUGCUGAGCUGAAAGCGGAGAGAAAUAACACAAGGCUGCUACUGGAGCAUUUGGAGUGUCUUGUCUCCAGGCACGAGCGAUCUCUCAGAAUGACUGUUGUAAAGAGACAAGCUCAGUCUCCAGCAGGAGUUUCUAGUGAAGUAGAAGUUCUCAAAGCACUAAAGUCUUUAUUUGAGCACCAUAAAGCCCUUGAUGAAAAGGUAAGGGAGAGGUUACGAGUAGCGCUUGAAAGAUGCAGCUUGUUGGAAGAAGAACUAGGUACUACACAUAAAGAGUUAAUGAUCCUGAAAGAGCAAAAUAAUCAGAAGAAAACAAUUCCAGAUGGGAUGCUGGAUAUAAACCACGAACAAGAAAACCCCCCAACCACAAACGGGAAGCGAUCCUCUGACACUUCUUUAUGUCACGAUGAGAACCUUACUAAAGUGAUUGAACUCCAGGACAUCAUAGAUAAGCAGAACAAAGAGCAAACACAGAUGAAAGAACGUCUUACUGCUUUGUCCAGCAGAGUGACAGAGCUGGAAGAAGAUCUUGACACAGCUAGGAAAGACUUAAUAAAAUCUGAAGAAAUGAAUACAAAGUUACAGAGGGAUGUCCGAGAGACUAUGGCCCAAAAAGAAGAUAUGGAGGAGAGAAUUACAACGCUGGAGAAACGCUACCUCGCUGCGCAACGUGAAGCUACGUCUGUGCACGACCUCAACGAUAAACUUGAAAAUGAAAUCGCCACUAAAGACUCCAUGCAUCGACAGAGUGAAGACAAGAACAGGCAGUUGCAGGAACGACUGGAGCUAGCUGAGCAAAAGCUGCAGCAGACUUUGAGAAAAGCUGAGACUUUGCCAGAGGUGGAAGCUGAGCUGGCACAGAGAGUUGCAGCACUUUCAAAGUCUGACCCUUUGUCUCCUGGGAGUUCUGCUGCUAAAGAUGCUAAACUAUUGGAACUUGCCACCAAGCUUAGGAAGGCUGAGGAGAGGCAUGGCAAUAUAGAGGAGCGACUGAGGCAGAUGGAAGCACAGCUGGAAGAAAAGAAUCAAGAACUGCAAAGGGCUAGACAGAGAGAGAAGAUGAAUGAAGAGCACAAUAAACGUUUGUCAGAAACAGUUGAUAAGCUUCUGUCUGAAUCUAAUGAGAGGCUCCAGCUCCAUCUCAAGGAAAGGAUGGCUGCCUUGGAAGAUAAGAAUUCACUUCUUCGAGAGAUUGAAAAUGCCAAAAAGCAAAUAGAGGAACUCCAGCAUGAAAAGGAUCAGCUUGUGUUAAAUGUUGAAGCAUUAAGGGCUGAAAAUGACCAAGUGAGACUCAGAGCCACAUCACUUCAUCAUAGACCAGAUUUCAGGUACCCUCUGACGACAUCAUCUGUGGCUGACAGUCACACAGACUCCUACAGCACCUCAUCAGUGUUAAGGCGCCCUCAGAAGGGGCGUUUGGCAGCUCUCAGAGAUGAACCCUCAAAGGUUCAAACUCUAAAUGAGCAGGACUGGGAGCGAGCCCAGCAAGCAAGUGUGCUGGCCAAUGUGGCACAAGCAUUUGAGAGUGAUGUUGAUGUGUCUGAUGUGGAGGAUGACAGGGAGACAAUAUUCAGCUCAGUCGAUCUGCUGUCACCAAGUGGUCAAGCUGAUGCUCAGACUUUGGCCAUUAUGCUGCAGGAGCAGUUGGAUGCAAUCAACAAAGAGAUUAGACUCAUACAAGAAGAAAAGGAAAACACAGAGCAGCGUGCAGAGGAGAUUGAGAGCAGAGUGGGGAGUGGAAGUUUGGAUGCCCAUGGCCGCUUCCGGUCCAUGAGCUCCAUCCCUGCUCCCUAUGCCAGUGGCUCACUCGCGGGGUCCUCCCCGCCUGGCAGCGGCCGCUCCACUCCACGGCGGAUCCCGCACAGCCCAGCCCGGGAGGUGGACAGGCUAGGGAUCAUGACCCUGCCUAGUGAUUUAAGGAAACACCGUAGAAAGUCUCCAGCUUCUAAAGAAGAGGUACGAGAUGAUAAAGCCACAAUAAAAUGUGAGACGUCCCCACCUUCUUCACCUCGGUCUGUGCGCCUGGACAGAGUCCAGAAAGGAGCUCUGCACACAGUGAGCCAUGAAGAUAUCAGGGACGUAAGGAAUUCAACAGGCUCACAAGAUGGGCAAAUAAGUAACCCCAGUAGCAGUAACAGUAGCCAAGAUUCCCUUCAUAAAGCCCCCAAAAAGAAGGGGAUCAAAUCCUCUAUCGGCCGCUUGUUUGGCAAGAAAGAAAAGGGACGGCCUGGCCAAACCAGCAAGGAAACGCUAGGCCAAGCAGGCAUGGGAGAAGCAGAUAGUUCCUCUCAGGAUGCAUUAGGUCUCAGCAAGCUCGGAGGUCAGGCAGAAAAAAACAGAAAAAUGCAGAAAAAGCACGAGCUGCUAGAGGAGGCCAGGAGACAAGGUUUGCCUUUUGCGCAGUGGGAUGGGCCUACUGUGGUGGUGUGGCUGGAGCUGUGGGUUGGGAUGCCAGCCUGGUACGUGGCGGCUUGCCGAGCCAACGUGAAGAGCGGUGCUAUCAUGUCAGCCCUGUCUGACACCGAGAUCCAGCGGGAGAUUGGCAUCAGCAACCCUCUGCACAGGCUGAAGCUCAGGCUGGCCAUUCAGGAGAUCAUGUCGCUGACCAGCCCUUCUGCCCCUCCCACCUCAAGGACGACCACGGGAAAUGUCUGGGUAACACAUGAAGAGAUGGAAAAUCUUACAGCCACGCAACAAACGGAAGAUGAGGAGGGAAGCUGGGCUCAGACAUUAGCAUAUGGUGAUAUGAACCACGAGUGGAUUGGCAAUGAGUGGCUGCCGAGCCUGGGGCUGCCUCAGUACCGCAGCUACUUCAUGGAAUGCCUCGUGGACGCUCGGAUGCUGGACCACUUAACCAAGAAAGACCUGCGUGGGCAGCUCAAGAUGGUGGAUAGCUUUCACAGAAACAGCUUCCAGUGUGGAAUUAUGUGCCUGCGGAGGCUGAAUUAUGAUAGGAAAGAGCUUGAAAGAAAAAGAGAGGAAAGCCAGAAUGAAAUUAAGGAUGUUCUUGUCUGGAGCAAUGAAAGAAUGAUCCACUGGGUGGUGUCCAUUGGUCUUAAAGAGUAUGCCAAUAACCUGCUUGAGAGUGGUGUUCAUGGUGCACUUGUGGCCUUAGAUGAAUCCUUUGACUACAAUGCGUUGGCUCUCUUACUGCAGAUCCCCACUCAGAACACACAGGCUCGUGCUCUUCUGGAGAGGGAGUUUAAUAACCUUCUUGCUAUGGGCACUGACAGAAGACUUGAUGAAGAUGAUGAUAAGAGCUUUAGGAGAGCACCUUCGUGGAGAAAGAAGUUUAGACCAAAGGACAUAAGAGGUUUAGCUGCUGGAUCAGCAGAGACUCUUCCUGCAAAUUUCAGAGUUACAACCUCGAUGUCUUCACCCUCUAUGCAGCCAAAGAAGAUGCAGAUUGAUGGCAGUGUAUCAGGAACACAAAGAUUGGAUUCUGCUACAGUAAGGACCUACUCCUGUUAAAGCCUUCUCCUGUUUACCCACACUAUUUCUACCGGUGAUAUGCAGCAUUUGGAACCCUUAACCUGUUAAUACUUGUUGAACGGACACUUGGAGAUAUUUUAUUACAGAGUUUUUAAUUAGCAAAGAAAUUCAUGAGUACUAUAGAGAAAAUAUUUUAGAAUCUAAAUGUUUCUUAUAUUUAUGUGACUCCUCAUUUAUAUAGUUACUUUUUUCUGUUUUUAUUCAGUCUACAAAUCAAAUCAUUGCUGAUUUUUUUUUUUAAUUCUAAUGUUAGUCUUUCCAACUGAAUGUACUGUAAUGCUUGUAUGUAUAUGUCCCUAUGAGUAAUAUAGGGGGGUUGUAAAUUAUGCAGUUACUGUAAUUACCGUUGUUUUUUAAUACUGAAACUGAAGGUGAAAAGGAUUUUAAUACCUUUAAAAGUAUCAGGACACCAAGCAGUAUAGAUUCUGCCUUUUGGAAAGGGGAGCUUAGGACCGAAAACGAGCCCAGCUUUUUCCAAGGGAAGGACAUGCCGUUGUAGGAGGUAUGAUGCACCACUGGUGGUCUUCUCAGAGCUGUACCUUUCCACAAAGAGGAGCUGUCAGUAGUGGGACCUUACCUUUAUUUACAGUGUAACUUGUUUGGAAAGCUGGGAGGAGCUCUAACACUAUGAGUGGUCUGUGUUUGCGCAGCGGGUACCCGCAGCGCCUGAAAACAAGCCAUAGCCCAAGGACUGUGUGUGCUGUGUUUCUCUUGUCCUUAUCUGAGGAGGAUUGACUUCAUAAUAAUUCCUGGCGGUAAUCCAUGGGCCACAGAGUGUUUGGCCCAGAUCUUUUUGACUGCUGCAAGGUGCUGGUGGAGCUAGUUGCAAUGGACCAAUCCUGAAGCACUGCGGUUUCAGGUCAGUAGUGAAGGAUGAAGGUACAAGGGGCUGCAAACAAAAGCGGUGCAACUUUGACUAAAGGCCUUACUUUUCUUACUUGUUUUGUACACUUGUUCUCAUGAGCUGUCUGGACUUUCAGUUGUGAUGGUUGUGUAGCCACUUUGGACUGUGUGAGUAGAAAAUGUGUCCAACGCGUGCAGAUGGCGUAGUAAAAAGCCAGCAAGAGCCUGUUGGGAUGGUGCAUUAUUUAUUAUGCAACAAUAUAUAUAGCAUGUCUCCUUUUCUUACUUGGGUUUCCACUUCUAACUUGCUUGUAAAACUGAGGUUCAUUGUUACUUGUUCUGUUUUUCUAUUAAUCUUUCGUGUAUUUUCAGAUUAUGUAACAAUAUGUACAGUCUACUUUUGAACUAUUUUUAUCACAGUAUUAUUUAUUGCUUUCUUUCAAUAAAGUACUGAUGCAUUUUCCACUGCCAAUAAAACCCUCUUGAGAAGCUGAGAUCUCCUUGUGCGCAGGCAGAUGCUGUUGGGGUGAGUGGCUGUUGUCAGUAAAGCAUCUUGCUGAGUGCCUGCUGCCCUGCAGAUCUUGUUUCAAAGGAUGAUCUUCUCCAGUAGAAGAAUGUUCCGCUAGAUGUGACGCUGUCUUUGGAGUUGUUUGAGUUCACCCACAUUAAUCACUUCCUGCAGACCAGUUUUCCAAAGAAAACUGCUUUAUUGCCUACUUCUACUCAUAGUUAGAGCUAAGAUUUGCUUUGAAAAAUAGUAACAGAAACUAUCACAAAACUUCGGCGUGUCCUGGUCCAGGUGAUGGAGAUGGAAAUGCUGUUCUGUGCAGCAGCAACAGUGGCUUUAAUGAGAUGAGAUUAUGACCACGGGUAUUUGGGAGGAAACCUAGGAGGUGAGGGAACCCGUACAAAACUGUGUCACAAUAGGGCUGUUGUGUCGGUUUGAAUGUGUUUGUAAACCAUGUCUCCUGUGGAAGAGAAGACUGAAGGGUCAACUCACAGGAUAACCGAAGCAAAUCUCAUCAUGUCCUCUGGAUCAAGAGCAGAAUGUGGGUUCAUGGAAUGGAGAUAUCCUGUGCUCGAGGCUUUAAACGUUGGCAUAAGUCAGCUGCCCAGCCUGGCUGCGCAAGCUGCUGUCUGAUCUUCUGCAGCCUCUCUUCUGUUUUCAGAGAAUCUGUCUUUGUAGAGAAAGCUCACCUGAAGCUGCAGAGGGAGACCCUGCCUCGCUGCUCAGCUAAAAUGCACUGUUUAGAAGAAGGUUGUGUGGCCGUUUCUGGUCACUGCUGUAAUAGUUGGUGUUCAAAGUGGUGUAUUGUUGCUUCUCAGAGGUGAGGCCACUGUGGCAUAGACUUGUCAAACGUGAAAAGCAAACCUGUUUCUUCUCAGGCUGUGAAACCUGACCUGUCACAGAGCAAUGGAACCGACCUGAGAGCUAGAAUAAACGAGUGAAAUAGAAAAAGCUUUCACAAACUGGCAAA